UUCCGAAAAGAGCCAAAAUCCAGACAGACACUCGUAUAUGUCAAAUAAUUCUCUGUUUUAGGAAGAGGAAAAACGAGUGAAAAAGGAGAGAGAGUGAUAUACUCUCUUGCAGAUCUGCUGCAAAUUGAAAUUCAAAGAUACCAUCAGCUAAAGAAACCCUUUCCUUGAUUCCAUUCCAUGCCAUACCAUUCCAUACCCCACCCCAACUUAGUUCUUAACGAUAUUGUAUACUUAUUAUCAGUCUAAAUUAGCCUUAUUACAAAGUUUGCAAGAACCCCUUUUACCAUAUUUUGGUAGUAUUAGUAUUUAUACUGUCAGAUAGCAUAUAUAUACCAUACAGGUCUGCAAUAGACAGAAGAGAUAGAAGGGUUCAGUGCAUGAGAGAGAGAGAGAGAGAUAGAGAUUGGUAUAGGUAUUGAUAGGAUAGAGAGAGGGGAAAAUGUUUGAAUUUGUAGUGGGAAGUUGCUAUCCAGAUGCUUUGGUCGGAGUUUAUGUGGGAUUGCUUUCUGUUGAUGGACUUCUUGCUGUAAUUGCAUUUACUCAGUUAUUGAGGAUUCAUUCAAGAGAUUCAAGAAUCGGCUGGACUCGUCAGAAAGUUUUUCAUCUAAUGAUUGGGUCCUCUAAUGCAGGUUGUUUUGUUUACAUUGUAUUGACUCUUGUUGCUGCUUGCAAGGAUUGGGCUUGCUGGUCAGAUUCAUGUGGUUUCAUCACUAUGGCUUGCCCUCAAAUUAUAUUUUUGGCUGCAUUUCUUCUGCUUCUUUCAUUCUGGGUUGACCUAUGCCACCAGUCUAACGACGAGGAUGACGAAGAUGAUGGAUACAAUCCACGGGAAGCUCUGUUGGAAAAGAUGAAUAAAGAAAAUGCAGCUGUUCAUAGUGGCAGAAAAUGUUGCUCUUUUCGAGCAGUUCAUGUUGGUAGCCGCCAAAAAAUUGUGAUUCUGGUCAUUGUGCUAAUUUUUGUACUAAUGGCUGUAUCUGCUGUCCUAAUAUGGAUUGGGAAGGGCAAAAAUUCUUUAAAUUCAUCCGUGGUUGCUCGGGUCUAUGUAGAUCUUUUCGCUGUUGCAGUUUUUUCCCUUGGAGGAGCAUUGGCAUGUUAUGGCCUUGUAUUGUUCCUGAAAAUGAGCAAAGUUAGAUCUGAAAGAGUCGCUUCAGAGAAAUGGAAGGUUGCUGGACUGGCUAUUGUCUCUGUUGUAUGCUUUACUUCAUACGCUCUCGUUGGACUAUUUACAAAUAUACCUCUUCUUUACAACUGGAAUCAAGAGACAAUUAGGGGCAUUUAUACCUCUGUUCUUCUGGUUUUCUAUUACUUUUUAGGUUCAUCUAUACCGUCUGCAUUUUUAUUGUGGAUGAUGAGAGAGUUACCAGCUCCUCUUGUAAUUAAUAGAGAGCAAGAAUCAAGAAUAAUUGCUUUCAUUAGUGAUAGCUCAGUAACAGUGCAUCCCCAGCGCUGGACGACGACAGCCAGUUUGCAGAAUCAGGUAUCAAGAGCAAGCCCUAUAUGAUUGCAAUUACAUCUAGAAAAGAAGGCGCCAUCCAAGGAGUUCUACUUGCCGAGAGGAGCGGCUUAUCAUGCUAGUAUUAGAUGAAAAGGUGGCCUUAGUGACAUCCCAUCCUAGGCACUCGGAGUGCAGCCGUAAGACUGCCGAUGCCAUAGCUUUGACAACUUUAGGCUUCUGUAAAUAGCAACAGAACAUAGAGGGCCAUCUAUAGAGAUAGGUUUAUUGUGAAUAUGCAAAGGAAUUGUCUUCCUGUGUAAAUGCGAUUUUAAUUUUCUUAUCAAUGACCAUUAAAAGUUUACGUUUAAA